CUACCUGCUGUCGCUGCCGUCGUGCGUGUCCAAGUAUUGCACCACGAGAGACAAGAAACGCGCGAGACAGAGAGAGAGAAAGACAGAUAGAUAGACAGAGAAAGAGACGCACCAGAGAGCUUGGAGGAGCGAGAGAGCGCGCGCGACCGUGCGUGCCAGACAGAGAGGAGAGCGGUGAACGAACACGCGCGGGUCAAAUGAUGACCGAGCGGUAGAUACUAGCGGCCUUUUAAUUCGAACUUCACUAGACUUACUGCGUGAUCUCUCGGCAAUGUCCGGGACGCCGGGGGGGUAGCGGUGUGUGUGGGUAGAGCUCGCCGAUAUAAUUUCGCGGCUGGGUUGCGUGUCGCGCGGCGCGACGUACGUCCGGCGUGCGUGAGGAAGGGCGAGAGUUCACCGGCGGGAGGACGGACGUGCGUGACGUGCGUGCGUGCGUGCGUAAAAUAUACGUGCGGUAUACAACGGUGUCGCGCCCGUUCGUUCGCUCGUUCGUUCGUUAGUCAGUCGGUCGUGCCGUGUGCGUGCCCGAGCGUGAGGCGGACGCGAGAGUUCCGACGGCUUCCUAUUCCCCGCGCCAUCUGUCGUGUGCCAAUUGUCUCUCUCUCUCUCGUAGACUCGCGUCGCCGCGCUAUCUAGUAGCAUCCGCCGGUAUCGGUAGACCACUGUCGUCGUCGUCGUCGUCAUCGUCAUCGUCAUCGUCAUCGUCGUCGUCGUCGUCGUCGUCGUCAUCAUCAUCAUCAUCAUCAUCAUCAUCAUCAUCAUCAUCAUCAUCAUUGUCGUCGUGGUGUGCACGUCGUUGGAGUCGGGGGAAGCGGUAAUCGGGAGUAAUUUUAUACUUUGCCGAUUAGAGCUGCACGGACGUUUUUGCGUCUGCUAAAUUUGUCUCUCGGUGUAGGUGAGGUAUUAAUACACGACGAGUCGCGACGAGUCGAGUAGUACUCACAAGUAACUUGGCAGAGUGCCAUCGCCGAUUUCGAGUUUAUUUCCGUCGCGAUCGACUCGAAACUCUCGUCGCGGUUGACCUAUCCCACGAGUAUUUACCUGUAUUCGAGAUCACGAGUCCUUGCGAUUCGCCGUCCAAAAUGCGGCAGGCGAUUCUACUGGCGUUGUUGAAUUAUUUGCUGUCGGUCGCAUCGCAGAAUAUCGUCCUGAUCCUUACCGACGAUCAGGACUUGACUCUAGAUGGCAUGACGCCAAUGACGCAUACGCGGAAUCUUAUCGGACAUCAUGGCGCUACAUUUAAAAAUUGUUUCGUAGCUUCGCCUAUCUGUUGUCCCAAUCGAGCGUCCAUUCUGACCGGACGCUAUCAGCACAAUCACUUGACGGUGAAUAAUACUAUCGCAGGCGGUUGUAGUAGCGCGCAAUGGCAACAGUCGCGAGAGCCGACGACAUUUGCCGCUCUUCUGCAGAAGCUCGCCGGAUACAAAACUUUUUACGCGGGAAAAUACUUGAAUGAGUACGGCAACAGUAAAGUUGGCGGAGCGGCUCACGUGCCGCUAGGUUGGGAUUGGUGGGCCGGUCUCGUUGGAAACUCAAAAUAUUACGAUUACUCGUUAUCGAUAAACGGUAGCGAGAGGAUGUACGGUAACAACUCGGACGAUUACCUUACCGACGUGAUCAGUAAUCUGGCUGUAGAUUUUAUUAACACGCACACAGACGACCAGCCUUUUCUCAUAGUAUUAGCACCUCCGGCCCCUCACGCACCCUUCACACCUGCCGAUAGACAUAACCACAAAUACAAUGGCACGAGAGCGAAGAGAACCCCGAAUUUUAACGUGCCGGUGCAUCAGAAUAAGCAUUGGCUGGUUAGGCAUGGUCAAGCCCCUUUACCCGACAAUGUGCUGCCAAAAUUAGAUGAUAUAUACAGUAAGAGAUGGGAGGCUUUAUUGGCGGUCGACGAAUUGGUCGCAACCGUUCAUAAGUCACUGAAGAAGCGAAAUCUCUUGCAUAAUACAUACUUUAUUUACACCUCCGAUAAUGGAUAUCACAUUGGUCAGUUUAGUAUGCCUAUGGAUAAGCGCCAACCGUACGAGACCGACAUACGAGUUCCAUUACUGAUAUCCGGUCCAGGAAUCGCCCCGGCUACAAUUUCUGCACCUGUCAGUAGCGUAGAUAUCUUCGCCACAUUGUUAGAUAUAGCCGGCAUGGAGUAUGCGUCUGACGGCAAAACGUUGUUUAAGAAGAGCGAUAAUUUACCAGAGGAUCGUACUCUCCUGAUAGAAUACAGGGGGGAGAGAUCUAGACAUAGAUCGUCGUCCGGAUGUCCGAGUGACUGGGAUCUGAACGUUACAUUAUGCGUGAGAGAAAUGGCGUGCAAGUGUCAGGAUGCCGCGAACAACACGUUCAGUUGUAUUCGCCGCGUUUCCCCGAGUUUCAAUAACAUCUUUUGCGUCUUCGAGGACGACCAGGAAUUUAUCGAGGCUUACGAUCUGAACGUCGAUGAGUACCAAAUGACAAAUAUCGGGUAUACCAUGAAAAAGGGACUGAGACACAAAUUUCGAAAGCGCUUGAACAGAAUGACUGCGUGCCGGGAGGCCGACUGCAUUCUCGCCCAACUUACGACGACAAAAACUGAUUACGAGGCGACAAAAAGCGAUUACCCGAAGGAAAGCCGAACGGCGAGCGGAAGUGGAUUCUGCUUUCUGCUCGAACGUUUAAUGAGAGCGCGCGGGAGCUACGAUAUAACGGAAUAAUUCCGGAAUACCUCCACCCCGCACAUCGUCCGCCCUAGGUCGGAGCCCCGCAGUCUCGAAUAUCUGAAUAGCAAUGGCGAUAUUCGCGGAGGAAAAGGGAGGAGGCGGCGAGAGGAAGGUGGAAAAAAGUCGGGCGCGUCGAAGACACGUCGCGGCCGGCGAGUGCUGAUGCGACGGCGGCGGCGGAG